CUUAGAGAAACUAAGAGCAUAAAUUCUGAAAAAUGGAUUGGAUUUGGAGUUGUUCUAUUUCUGGGUUGAGUCUUAUGCUAUCAGGGCCUCUUCUAAUCAUCAUUCUCUUUCUCUACCAUGCCCGGAGGAAGCAGGCGGAGGCGCGUGAUUCUGGUAAACUCCGGCCACCAGGUCCUCCGGGAUGGCCGGUGGUAGGCAACAUAUUUGACCUCGGAGAACUGCCACAUCAGACCUUGUGUAAGCUCCGGGAUAAGUUCGGGCCUGUGAUUUGGCUACAGUUGGGAUCGAUCGGAACUGUUGCUGUCAACUCGGCCGAUGCUGCGGCCAAGCUCUUCAAGAGCCACGACCAAGCCUUCUCCGAUCGUAAAUGCCCGGAUGCACUAACUGCCCACGGUUACAAUCAUGGGUCAAUGGCCAUUGGAAACUAUGGGUCCUACUGGCGCGUAGUCAAGAGGAUUGGAGUCACGGAAUUCAACACGGCGAAGAGAGUAAACGAGAGUGUCCAUGUCCGAAGAAAGUGUGUGGAUAACAUGAUCCUUUGGAUCGAAGAAGCAGCCAUGGAAUCUUAUUCAAAUGGGCGGAAGGGGGAGAUAGAGAUUGUCCAUUUUCUUUUCCUAAUGGCUUUCAAUGUGGUGGGGAAUAUGAUAUUCUCGGAGGAUAUACUAGAGUCCAAGAAUAUUAAAGGGAAAGAGUUCUUUGAUUCCAUGAGUAAGUUCAUGGUGUGGACUGGAAAACCUAACUUAUCAGAUUAUUUCCCAUUGUUGAAGAGAUUAGAUCUAUUGGGAAUAAAGAAGGGGAUAGGGAAGGAUAUGGGAAUAUGUUUGAAGAUCGUGGAGAAUUUUGUGAAGGAUAGGGUGGUUCGAGAGGAGAAAUUCAAGACAAAAGAUGAUUAUAGCCGGAGGAAGGAUUUCCUUGAUGUACUAUUGGAGUUCCAAGGUGACAAUAAAGAAGAAUUUGGUAGAGUUUCCAAGGAAAAUCUCAAUAUUCUUAUUACGGAAAUGUUUUUUGCAGGAUCCGAGACCACAAGUAACUCGAUCGAGUGGCUAAUGUCAGAGCUACUAAACCAUCCCAAUUGCAUGAUGAAGUUGAAAGACGAGCUCGAUAGAAUAGUGGGAAGGGGAAGAAAAAUAGAAGAAAGCGAUAUCGAUGAACUCUCAUAUUUGCAAGCGUGUGUGAAAGAAGCCUUAAGAUUGCACCCUCCACUACCCAUGCUCCUCCCAAGGAAUUCAAUGGAAGACACGAACUACAUUGGCUACUUCAUACCCAAAGACACCCAAGUCUUAGUAAAUGCCUAUGCAAUAGGGAGAGAUCCUGAAGUAUGGGAAGACCCAUUGGAUUUCAAACCUGAGAGAUUCCUCGACAAGAAUAUAGAGCUCGUAGGUCAACAUUUCGGGUUGAUCCCUUUCGGGGCGGGCAGAAGGAUAUGUAUGGGUUAUGCUUUGGGACAACGAGUGCUUCACCUAGCCACCGCGAAUCUUAUUCACACGUUCGACUGGGAAAUAGGAGAUUCGACCGCUCCUGGUAUGAUUGACAUGAACGAAAAAAUGGGAAUAACCAUAAGAAAAUUGAUUCCCUUGAAAAUCAUACCAAAGAAGCGAGAUCUCUAAACUCAUUGUACCCUUAUUUCUACCAAAUAAAUAUUUGUCUAAAGAUUAAAAACACUUUGACAUUUGAUGUUAAUGCAAUUCCAUUAUCAUUGUGAAAUCUAGCUAGUUAAUAGAUGAAAAGGAAUGCAUCUAAAAGAAGCAGUCUAAGAAAAAAAACAAAUGAGGUUAUAAUGGACCAGCUUCAUUAGUCAGUCUUGUGUGUAAACAUCUUCUCCCCAAUUAUCUUAAAUAU